CUUUGGAGAAUAGUUUGACUCCCUCUUCUUUGUGGCAAACCCUGAGAUAUUGGAGAUAUUUGUGCGCCUUUUCAGCCAGUAGCGUUUGGGGGAAAAUGGAGCCACACGGGUGCGUCAACAGCCCUGCGGGCCACGCCGGGAGAGAAGGGCCCAGCAAGCCGUACAAGAACGCUUACGCCCGGCUCGUGCAGAAGCACCACAGCGGCCGCUUCCGUUCCUACCUCAACCACAUCGCGCAGAAGCUGCAACUGGAAGAGGGCCUCUUGCAAGAUCCGGACCCCGUAGUGGAGCCGCCGCCGCCGCCGCCACCGAAAAGGGGUCCCGCCAGAGAAGCGCCGGCGAAGAACGGGAUGAAACCAGGCAGGGCUCCGCCGGCAGGGUCCUUGCAAUCCAUCCAGCCGGACCUCCGGAGCUUCGAGGGCCUGAGGAGCAGCAAAGAGGACAGCCCGCUCAACAGGCAGCCGCCCCACCCAGGCGAUCCUGAUGGCGGGAAGAGUGAGGAGGAAGAGGAGGAGGAGGAGAAAGAAGCAGCCGUGGAAGAAGAGGGCCCUUCUCAUCGUCCCGGAGUCCCGCUGGGCUUCUUGAAAACGAGGCCUAUCCCGGGCAGGCAGGAGGGCUUGUCCAGACUGGUGGUCUCGCAGCCGAAGGCCUUCACCUCUGGCGAGAGGAGCCAAGAGGAGCACUGGCGGAAGAAGGGGGGCGGUAGCCCUUCCACUCCCCUGGAUGGAACCAGCGUCUGUCCAGCCGCAGGACCCCUGAGCGUGGAGCUGUCUCCUUCGGCGAACGCCGGCUUCUUAUCGCCUCGGCAGAUGUACGACAAGCGAGGUUCGGCCAGGCCCAGAAACAACUCUGAAUCCAUCCGGGGGCCCCCAAAUGUGGACAGGAGGCGACAACUUUCCGAAUCCCAGGCUGUCACUGUGAGCAGCUCCGAUUGCAGGAUGAACCUCCGACCUCAAGGAAUGCCGAAAGGAGGCUCCUACGCUGCUCCCUUGACUCCAGGAGAGAGGAAGAACUGGAACAAAGGAACCCGCGGCCGAAAGAAAAUAUUUGAGGCUUACAUGUCAAAGGAAGACGUGUCGGACGGCCUGAAGAGAAAGACGCUGAUCCAGGUAAACAAACCAGACUCCUGCGAGCAAGAAACAGAAGCUCCUCCAAACUCAGAGGAAUCUUCGCAUUUACCAGGCGCUUCGGUCCUUCCCAGUCCGGGCAAAAUGGGCGCCAGAGGCCCAGAGGCCACGACGGAGUCUCAGUUGGAUGAGGGCAGCCAACAAGAGCAGGCAAGAGAUCUGAAGCAGCAGCUGCCUUUAGGGGCUGGUAAAAAAGGAAAAGAUCUGGAAACUUGCAUUGCCCGUGCUACAAAACCGGAAGAGACUUCAAAUCCAGAACAGAGUGUUCAAAAGACUGCAAAGGUGGUCUACAUAUUGGAGAAGAAGCAUACCAGGACAGCCAUGGGCUUCAUCCGCCUCUUGACCGAUCGCAACAGCGACUUGUUCCGCAAGUACGCCAUGUUCUCGCCGGCCGACCACCGAGUGCCUCGCGCGUACGUGGCCUUGGCCGACUGCCCUCCUGAUUUUGCCACGUGCCCCGAAGACUACUCCAGCAUACUUUUCAUCUGUCGCAUUGUGGAUUGGCGGGAAGAUAGCAACUUUGCCCUUGGGCAAUUGGCCCAAAGUCUCGGACGGGCAGGGGAAAUUGAUCCGGAAACAGAAGGAAUCCUGGCAGAAUAUGGGGUGGACACCUCGGACUUCUCUCCGGAUGUCCUGCAGUGCCUUCCGCAGAACCUCCCAUGGGCCAUCCCUUCCGAUGAAUUUGCCAGGAGGAGAGAUUUAAGGAAAGAAUGCAUCUUCACCAUUGACCCAUCCACGGCCAAGGAUCUGGACGAUGCUCUGUCUUGCAAGCCACUUUCGGACGGGAACUUCGAAGUCGGGGUUCACAUCGCGGACGUGAGUUAUUUCGUCCCGGAAGGCACCUCCCUGGAUGAAGUUGCGAGCCAGAGAGCCACAAGCGUUUACCUGGUGCAAAAGGUGAUCCCGAUGCUUCCCCGACUGCUGUGUGAAGAGCUCUGCAGCCUUAAUCCCAUGACAGACAGGCUGACCUUCUCCGUCAUUUGGAAGCUGACUCCACAAGGAAAGAUCCUGGACGAAUGGUUCGGGCGGACCGUGAUCCAAUCCUGCGCAAAGCUCAGUUACGACCACGCCCAGAGCAUGAUUGAGAAUCCAGAAAGGGUCUUUGGGGCAGAGGAGCUGCCGCCCAUCUCCUCCUGCCACACCGUGGCCGAGGUCCACCAAGCCGUCCAGGACCUCCACCGGAUCGCCAAGCAGCUGCGUCAACAGCGCUUCAUAGACGGGGCUCUUCGCUUGGACCAGACUCCUAACGUCCGUGUCUGUUUCUCUCUCUUCCUCUUCCAGAAAAGCCUGAACGAAACCUUUGGGAAUGACCAAUACAGCGAGGCGAGGAAGGAGGUGCUGACCAACAUGUUCUCUCGUCCCAUGCAGAUGGCGGUCUAUUUCUGCACCGGCAUGCUGAAGGACGAAGCCCUCUUCCGCCACUAUGCCCUCAACGUGCCUCUCUACACCCAUUUCACGUCGCCCAUCCGCCGGUUUCCGGACAUCAUGGUGCACCGGCUACUUUCGGCUUCGCUGGGGCUGGGUCCUGCCCCACAGAUGGAGGAGGCCGCGAUACAGAAGCAAGCGGAGCAUUGCAACAACCGCAAGAUGGCUUCCAAGCGAGUGCAGGAACUCAGCGUCGACCUCUUCUUUGCCGUCUUUGUCAAGGAGUGUGGGCCGCUGGAGUCGGAGGCCAUGGUGAUGGGCGUCCUGAGUGAGGCUUUUGACGUCCUCGUGCUGCGGUUCGGAGUCCAGAAGCGCAUUUAUUGCAACGCUCUGCCGUUGGUGGGGUUCCAGUUCCAAAAAGUGGGGAAAAAGCCACAGUUGUCGCUGGUGUGGGAACCGCAGAGCGCGGAGCAGGAGGCCCCGCGGCAGGUCAUCUCCAUAUUCGCCUUGGUGGACGUCGUCCUGAGAGCCGAAAACGGAGCCACGAAGUACAGCGCAGUGCUGAAGAGGCCCGGCAGCCAAGAAUGACCAGGCCCGACUUCCGAUCACCAAUCCUGUCUUAUUUGCCCCCCCAAAAAAAACCCCACUAAUAUCGACAGAUAUCCCGAACUCGGCUCCUGGGGAAAAGAACCGAGAUUUUUAAUUUCAAUUUUAAUUUUGACAAAUGUUGUUUCUUGGGUAAUGGGUUUUUUGUUUUUAACGAGAGGGGAGGGCCAAGGCAAGAUGGCGGCCGCAGCCCUGCAAGCUUUAAGGCCCACAUUUAAAAAAAACAACAACGGAUAGGGCUUCCCUUGCAGACUUUAGCCGCCAUCUUGACUUAUUUGACCUUCUCGGGGUGGUUACCCUUGGUUUUUACUCAAGCUGGUUGGUGAGACUCAUCCAUUUCCAGCGGGAAGGCAUCAAUUCUUUGGAAGUGUGAACCAGCCAUCUUGCCAUCUUCUUAGAUGAAUUUGGGGAGGAGGGUGUAUUGAGCGGAGCACCUCUCUUGUUGUAUCUGGCCUGCGCGGGGCGCUCCACCUUGGUGUAAAAUCACCUCUUACUCAGCCUUGGAGGCUCACGGUUUCCCCGUCUGUGGCUCUCUUCCGUAGCUCCCACAUCCGUCGGAUAAACGGGACGGGAGAGAAAGUUAUGAUCUCUGUAAUGGAGUUGUGUUGCUCAAUUUCCACUCCUCCACCUCUCGCAAAGCUGCAACUUAAAUCGGCUUUGUGUAUAUGUGUGUGUGUUUUAACAACCUCUUUAUUAGGCCACAAGAGUUUGGAGAGAGUGAGCAAUCUUUGCUCUUCCCCCAGAAAUCCUAAUAAAGAAUAAAACUGGAAAACUACGAUGAAAUAAAUUCCCGGAAAUCCUUCUUAAA